AUGCGCGGCGAGUACGACGAAACCGACGUGCGCGCCCUCGGCCGCGCCUGCGCGUCGCCGGGCUUCUUCCACGUCGUCAACCACGGCGUGCCCGCGGCCGUCAUCGCAAACUUCGAGGCCGCGAUGCGCGAUUUCUUCGCGCGACAAACGCCGGAGCAGAAGCGGCGCGUCAAGCGGACGGCGACGAACUCGCGGGGCUACGCGGACGACGAGUUCACGAAGCGGACGCGGGACGUCAAGGAGAUGUACGACUACGGCCACCGCCCGCGCCGCGACUUGCCGCCGGACGCUCCCGAGAACGUCGUCCUCGACGGCCACAACCAGGGCAGCAAAAGGCUCCCCGACGGCCUGCCGGGCUUCGCGGGCGCCGUCGAGGCCUACUACGACGCCUGCGCGCGCGUCUGCGACGGCCUGCUCCGCGGCGUCGCGGCGUCGCUGGACCUGGACCCCGGCGCGUUCGACGGGUUGUUCGGCGGCGGCCACACGUCGUACCUGCGGAUGAACUACUACCCGCCGCACGCCGGGGCGAGGUUCGCGGCGGCGGAUGCGAAUUUGGACGACGAGCGCCUCGCGGCCGGCGCCGAGGACGACCAGGCGACGCCGCUCGAAGCGCUCGGCGGCCCGCGGCUCGGCGUGAACCGCCACUUCGACGCCGGGUGCCUGACGCUGCUCUACCAGGACCCGAGCUGCAGCGCCCUCCAGGUGAACGUGCGCGCCCACGCGGGCGGCGCGCCGAGAUGGGCGUCCGUGGACCCCGUGGCCGGCGCGCUCACGGUCAACGUGGGCGACAUGCUCCAGGUGCUCUCGAACGGCGCGUACCGCGCGCCCGAGCACCGCGUGCUCGCGUCGGCGCCGGGAGCCGAGCGGUUCAGCGCGCCCUUCUUCUACAACCCGGCCUACGACGCCGAGGUGCGGCCCCUCGCGGGAAACGCGCCCCGCUACGGGCCCUUUUCCUACGGCUACUGGCGGCGGCGCCGCUUCGAGGGCGACUUCGCCGACGAGGGCAAGCCCGAGAUCCAGAUCUCCGACUACCUCCUCGAGUAA